AUGUCUUAUAAUCCGUAUGCGUACACUACCGGAGAGCAGAACGGCGUCAACGACCGCUUUGCUCACACUCCACAACACCAGCAACCGAUGCAAAUGCCCAGAAACAUGCCGAUGAACGGCCAGGCUAACAUCAAUGCAAACAUGAACGCAAACGUGAACGCAAAUGUGAACGCAAACACCAAUGGUGCCGGCGGCUUUCCGUUCCAAGAUACACGUGGUUCAAUGGCAUUCCAAUUGGGGCAGAGUGCCUUUUCCAACUUUAUUGGUCAGGAGAAUUUUAACCAGUUUCAAGAGACCGUCAAUAAAGCCACGGCAAACGCCGCCGGCUCCCAGCAGAUCUMCACGUAUUUCCAGGUGAGCACCCGUUAUGUGUUCAAUAAAUUGAAACUCAUCUUGGUGCCCUUUAUCAACGGUACCAAGAACUGGCAACGGAUCAUGGACUCUGGCAAUUUUUUGCCACCAAGGGAUGACGUAAACUCCCCAGACAUGUACAUGCCUAUCAUGGGGCUGGUCACCUACAUUCUUAUUUGGAACACACAAAAGGGUUUACAAGGCUCUUUUAACCCAGAGGACUUGUACUACAAACUGUCCUCUACGCUGGGCUUUGUCGGGCUGGAUUUAUUGAUUUUGAAAUUGGGUCUAUAUCUUUUGAUCGAUUCGAAGAUUCCAAGCUUCAGUCUGGUGGAACUGUUGUGUUACGUCGGUUACAAAUUUGUUCCAUUGAUCCUCGCCCAACUGUUAACCAAUGUGACCAUGCCAUUCAACUUGACUAUCCUGAUAAAGUUCUACUUAUUCAUAGCCUUCGGCGUAUUCCUACUAAGAUCUGUCAAGUUUAAUCUUCUAGGCCGCUCCGGUGCUGGUGAAGACGACAUACAUGUCUCCGUGAGCAAAACAACCGUCAAGAAGUGCAACUAUUUCUUGUUCGUCUACGGCUUCAUCUGGCAAAACGUCCUCAUGUGGCUAAUGGGAUGA